ACCCGGCUUGAAUGCAAUGCAUGCAAUCUCUGUCACAUACCAGCUAGCAUAGCUUGUUAAUUGUUGUAACGAUAGCCAGCUACAUUGAUCUCAUAUGAUCAGAAGUUUGUAUUGAGAUUGCAACUAUAUUCCAGUGAAUGUUCGUCGAUACAGCGGAACUGCAGUGCAAUCUAUAGGACUAUAGAUCUGACGAAUCGGUGUGACCAGACGAUGGAGUGGCAACCUGAUGAGCAGGGUCUGCAGCAAGUGCUUCAGCUACUCAAGGACUCCCAGUCUCCAGACACUGCAACACAGAGGGCUGUGCAGGAAAAACUGGAGCAACUGAACCAGUUUCCAGACUUCAACAACUAUCUCAUCUUUGUCCUCACGAGCCUCAAAUCUGAGGAUGAGCCCACUCGCUCUCUCAGCGGUCUCAUACUGAAGAAUAACGUGAAGGCUCACUACCAGAAUUUCCCCCCCAACGUGGCUGACUUCAUCAAACGAGAAUGCCUCAACAACAUCGGAGACCCUUCACCGCUUAUCAGAGCGACAAUCGGUAUCCUGAUCACGACUAUCGCUUCCAAAGGCGAGCUGCAGACCUGGCCUGAACUGUUACCUCAGCUCUGUAACCUGCUCAACUCAGAAGACUAUAACACCUGCGAGGGCUCUUUUGGAGCACUGCAGAAAAUCUGCGAGGAUUCAUCAGAGCUGCUGGAUAGCGAUGCUCUGAACAGACCUCUCAACAUCAUGAUCCCCAAGUUCCUCCAGUUCUUCAAGCACUGCAGCCCCAAGAUCAGGUCUCAUGCUAUAGCGUGUGUGAACCAGUUUAUCAUUGGUCGAGCUCAGGCUCUGAUGGAUAACAUUGACACCUUCAUUGAGAGUCUGUUUGCACUGGCCGGCGAUGAGGACAGCGAAGUGCGGAAGAACGUUUGCAGGGCUCUGGUCAUGUUGCUGGAAGUCCGCAUCGACCGCCUCAUCCCCCACAUGCACAGCAUUAUCCAGUAUAUGCUGCAGCGGACCCAGGACCCCGAUGAGAACGUGGCCCUGGAGGCUUGUGAGUUCUGGCUCACCCUGGCCGAGCAGCCCAUCUGUAAAGAGGCCCUGUCCGGCCACUUGGUUCAACUGAUCCCGAUCUUGGUGAAUGGGAUGAAGUACUCUGAGAUUGACAUAAUCCUUCUGAAGGGUGACGUGGAGGAGGACGAGACGGUCCCAGACAGCGAGCAGGACAUCAAGCCACGCUUCCACAAGUCCCGCACCGUCACCCUGCAGCACGAGGGAGGGGAGGGCGAGGAGGGGGAGGACAUCGACGAAGAUGAGGACGACGACGAUGACACGCUGUCUGACUGGAACUUACGGAAGUGUUCGGCCGCAGCGCUGGAUGUGCUCGCCAACGUGUUUCGUGACGAGUUGCUCCCCCAUCUCCUGCCCCUGCUCAAAGGCCUGCUCUUCCACCCUGACUGGGUCAUCAAGGAGUCUGGGAUCCUGGUGCUCGGGGCUAUCGCUGAGGGUUGUAUGCAGGGCAUGGUACCUUACCUGCCUGAGCUCAUCCCCCACCUCAUCCAGUGUUUGUGCGACAAGAAGGCUCUGGUCCGCUCCAUCGCCUGCUGGACUCUGAGCCGCUACGCCCACUGGGUGGUCAGCCAGCCCCCUGACGCCCACCUGAAACCCCUCAUGACAGAGCUGCUGAAACGCAUCCUGGACGGCAACAAGAGGGUACAGGAGGCAGCCUGCAGUGCUUUUGCCACCCUGGAGGAGGAGGCGUGCACAGAGCUGGUGCCUUACCUGAGCUUCAUCCUGGACACGCUCGUUUUCGCCUUUGGAAAGUACCAGCACAAGAACCUGCUCAUCCUCUAUGAUGCCAUAGGAACACUGGCUGACUCUGUGGGACACCAUCUCAACCAGCCGGAGUACAUCCAGAAGCUGAUGCCUCCCCUCAUAGCCAAGUGGAAUGAGCUGAAGGAUGAGGACAAGGACCUGUUCCCCCUGCUCGAGUGUCUGUCCUCUGUGGCCACGGCGCUGCAGAGCGGCUUCCUGCCCUACUGCGAGCCCGUCUACCAGCGCUGCGUCACCCUGGUCCAGAAGACACUGGCUCAGGCCAUGAUGUACAGUCAGCAGCCAGACCAGUACGAGGCACCGGACAAGGACUUCAUGAUCGUGGCUCUGGAUCUUCUGAGUGGCCUGGCGGAGGGACUGGGCGGCCAUGUGGACACGCUGGUGGCUCGCAGUAACAUCAUGACGCUGCUUUUCCAGUGCAUGCAGGAUACGAUGCCUGAAGUACGACAGAGCUCUUUUGCUCUACUGGGUGACCUGACAAAAGCCUGUUUCCCUCACGUCAAACCCUGCAUUGCUGAGUUCAUGCCGAUCCUGGGCACAAACCUGAACCCAGAGUUCAUCUCUGUGUGCAACAACGCCACCUGGGCCAUAGGAGAAAUCUGUAUGCAGAUGGGAGUGGAGAUGCAGCCGUACGUAGCGAUGGUUCUCAAUCAGCUGGUUGAGAUUAUCAAUCGACCCAACACCCCCAAAACCCUGCUGGAGAACACUGCAAUCACCAUUGGUCGGCUGGGAUACGUGUGUCCGCAGGAAGUCGCUCCCAUGCUGCCGCAGUUCAUCAGACCUUGGUGUACGUCUCUGCGGAACAUCAGAGACAACGAGGAGAAAGACUCGGCCUUCCGCGGGAUUUGCAUGAUGAUUGGUGUGAACCCGGGCGGCGUGGUGCAGGACUUCAUCUUCUUCUGCGAUGCGGUGGCCUCCUGGGUGAAUCCUAAAGACGACCUGAGAGACAUGUUCUACAAGAUCCUGCACGGCUUCAAGGAGCAGGUCGGCGAGGAGAACUGGCAGCAGUUCUCAGAGCAGUUCCCACCACUGCUAAAGGAAAGACUGGCAGCCUGCUACGGCGUUUAGAGCCUCUACACCCACCCCAGAGGUGAGCCAGCAGGAGGAGGGUGAAUGGGAAACUCAUCCAUCUGUGUAUUGCACUGCCCUGAUCUGGGGGGGGAGAGGGACGCUAUUGGCCGCUCCCCCUGACGGACGGCCCCCACGCCCUAUGUGUUUGUCCAUAGAGGGAGGGUGGGCGGGUGGGAGGGAGGGACAGGGGGACACCUCUAGAUUAACUAGGCAGGGACCCGACACAGAAAAACUAACUGGUAGGGACAGAUAGCAAGAGGGACAGAGCGACAGACCUAGAUGCGAGGUGGAGGGAUAGACAGGCUGGGAUAGAAGAGAGACAGGGAAAGAGAGCAGCAUAGAGAGAUCCAGGGAAAGACAGGGAGGGAAAUGAAUAACAAGGCAGGGAAACACGACGGAUUUAGAAAGGUCGGCUUCUUGGCUGGGAGGACAGGGACUGUUAAGGUUUUAAUGGGAUUACAAAAACUAAAGAGUUAACUGUUAGCUUGACUGACACAGACAGACAAACGUACACAGACAGACACACAUAACACUUGCACAUGCUGUACAUGCAGUACAUGGAACUGACUGCGGGUGGCACUGUUAUUUAGACUAUCAAGACCUAUUCUACGUAGUUAGGGACAGACAGACAGACAGGUGUCUAAACUGUUAAUUUCUGGGUGAUAUAUCUUUCUUUUUUCCGGGGAAUAGGAUCAAUAUAAAUUACUUCAUCCAUAGUCACUGAAUUCUAGUUAACUGUAAGAUAAUCUCGCUUCUCCGUAUCUACGUUUCCUACCUUCAUUUUUGACCAGAGUGCUGCUUCACAGAGCUGUCCAUCUAUCAGACAUUAUUCCUGACACAUUUUCUACGUGAUCAGAAAAAAAACAAAAAAAAAAACAAAAAAAAAAAAAAAAUGAGCAAGUGUCUUUCCUCUUGGCUUCACAGAAACCAUUCCUCUAGGAAGGGAGGAUUAGGGCUAAAUCAUUUUGUUUUCUCACCAGAGGGGAGGAAUCUACAAAAGUGAAAAAAAAAAUCACAUCCUUAGUUGUCUCCUUGAGGUUUUGUGUGUGUAUAUGUGUGUGUGCGCGUGCAUGUGCAGUCGUUUGUAUAUCCUUACUUUGGCAUUAUGUGUUAACAGUGUGUGAACUAUGUAUUGUUUUGAUAUGGUACAGAGCUAAAACUUGACUCCCACGGCAAUGUCCUUUUUUGCACCUGUUAACUGUGACCAAGCGUGUGUGUGCGUGUGUGCGCGCGCGUGAGUGUGUAUGUGUCUACGUCAACAUUCGUACUGAUAUUCAUUUGAUGCCAUAUUGAUAUCUUAAGUGAACAGUGAUUGGCAGUUUUCAUUGUUAUCUUUAUAAUGUUUAAAAAAAUGGUCCAUCAGUUUUUUUUUCUUUGCUGCUACUGAUGAUUUUUGUUUCCAUAGUGAACUUAAAUUCGCACAAUUAACGCAAAAAAAUAUUUGAAUUGAUUGCUAUUUUCAGUGACUGUUAAGUUGUUUUUGCACUUUUUUUAUUUCAUUUUAUUUUUUUAUUUUAUUUUAUUUUUUUGGUUUUGUAUGGACUUUUUUUUUAACCUCACCCGUAUAAUGUCUUGACCCUAAUGUCAGUGUUUGUCAUACUGUGUUGCACUGUGAAAUUAAGUGUCUUUGACUGGCAAAAAUAUCCCAAUACUAAAUGGCAAAUAAAAACAACUUUGUGAAA